AUGAAGGGCGUCUUCUCUAUCAUUGCUGCCCUCACGGCACUCAUGGCCACUGCCGCUGCUAGUCCUGUGGCUCAAUCGAAAGACAUCAGAGGCUAUUCCGGCGUCAGGGACGCUUGCGCGGCAUGCGCCCUCAGUGCUGGACUGGCGCAACAUGCUUGCAACUGCUGUGACUCCUGGAACUAUGACGAUUGCCAUGGAACCUAG